UUUUCCUGUAUUGAAUCAGUGAAUCAGAUGCCCUGUGGCCUAGGUCACAUAUCUGUCACUAGGGCAUUGAAUCGUGAUUGAAUUAUUGUUGUUGUGAAUCCCAUCUGCUGCCAGGAUCUAUUUUCUCCAUCCACAACUUUCAACACUUUCGAUAUCAGCAAAUCGCACACACGCCUCUACAAACGAUCUCGACGAGAUCAAUCCAAGAAUACAUCCUCAGCAUACAAUCCUGCAGAGGUUUUUUUUUAUCAAGAUGUCGUCCAACAACGUGUACCAGUUUUUUGCGGGGAACAACAGCCUGGGCGGCCAGUUUAGUGGUCAAAGUGGCCAUGGCGGCUUCGGUGGAGGUGCUGGUGGUGCUGGCGGUGGUCGCGGUGGCCGUGGUGGUCGUGGUGGUCGCGGCGGCAUCACCAAGCCGUACAAGUGUGGUCGGUGCGGCAAGUUCGGGCACAGCUCGUCAGCGUGCUGGGCCAAAGUCACACCGGCUCAAGUCGAGGCGUCGGGCGCCACCGCUGCCCUCCCUGCCCUCCCUGCCCCCCCUGCCCUCACCACCGACGCCUUGAAUCAGCAGGCGUUGAUCGAGCGCCUCAACGCCAUGGAGGAGCAGAUGGGGGAGCAGCUCACCGGGGUCCAGCGGGAGCUAGCCGAGACCCAGGAAUGUUAUGAUGUGCGAGUCGCUACGUUGACCGGGGCUCAGGAGUAUUAUGAGCAGCAACUCGUGAUGUUGCGCAGGGCCAACGAUGGCAUGGCUGAGCGACUGGGCGCCAUAGAGUCUCGCCUGCGGGCCUUGGAGGCGGACGCGGAGCUGUUCAGCCCGCCGUCAUUUGAGGAGAGGUCUCGACAGCGCGACGAACAGCGUGGGGGGGCGCAGGAGCAGGCGCAGGAGCAGGCGGAGGAGCAGGCGGAGGAGCAGGCGGAGGAGCAGGAUUUGGCUGGUCAAGCCACUACUGAUGGUGAUUUGGAGACGGAAAAGGGGGACGGCGACAACAACGAGUCGAUCGUCUUCAGCGAUCCAGGAACAUUGUUUUGAGAUCCUGUCGUUGGAUGUCAUGGCAUGCGUGCCUUUUUUCGACACAACUGAACAGGCCAAAAAGUACCUGAAUCAUUUGAUACAGCUGAGAGGCACCAAUAGGUGUCGGAUCUUCUCAUACAGCUGAGCGGCACGAAUAGCGUGUCUGGGUCUUUCGACGCAGCUGAGUAGCACGAGUAGCGUGACUGCGACUGGAGAAGUUUAAGAGAUGAAUACUAUUAAUGUCGACCGCCU